CCCCCCACCAGCUGGACUCGUCUUGUGGCAUCGGAGGAGAGAGACAGAGAAAGUGAGGAUGAAGGUGUCGCUCCUGUGUCUGUGCGUCCUCGUGCAUGUGGCCCUGGUCCACGCCGUACUAUUCGCCCGCGACGAGCUGCAACAAACCGCAUCCAGCACCAAGGCCAAGACCACCCAGAGCACAGAGUCUGCGAACCACGUCAGACAGAGGCCGCUGUUCGCGAGGAGGGGGCAGUAUGAACGGCAGAGUGUGCCGAAACGCAAAGUGGGUCACAAUUCUCAACAUGGCCGUCCUCCUCCACCUAAAGUGGUACCCAGACCUGUGAAGCCCAUGUGCUCUCAGCUCGGACAAAGCUGCUUACCCCAGUCUGGCUGCUGUGGGAGACGCACCAUGUGCCACUGCCGCUUCUUCAACGCCAUCUGCUUCUGCCGGAGAAAAAGCUCGGCGAAGAAAACAUAAAACAGAGCAGGCGGGCAGCAGUGAUCAUUGAGUUACUGGUAAAGUCAGUGUUAGGUGCAUUUACAGUAUGCAUGAGCCAAAAAUAUGAACGUGUGUAAUUCCAGCUUUUGGCCCACAGGAGUGAAACUUACAGUUUAUAUACUUAAGGGUAAAAGUAUAGUUGUAGCACAGUUUCAUGUACAAAGUGGAGCUGAAUAAUCUGUGUUUCCUAAAUGUAUGUUAUGAAUGUAUUCAAUCAUGUGUUCAUUUGAAAUUGAGUCUGGUCUUAAAUAUUUACCAAAUGAAUUGAUAUGCAUGUACAUGUAUCUGUAUUUAUUCAUGAACUUAUUUUGAGUCCUGAUGUUUUAAAAAGAAGAUGUAAUUGUGGGUUUAAAUGAAGUGUAUUUUUUAAAGGUGCAGUGUGUAGGAUUCAGGGUGAACCUAUUGGCAGAAAUUUAAUAUAUUUUAAUAAUUAUAUUUUCAUCAGAUUGUACAAUGGACUCUUUAUGUUUAUAUGAGGAGACGGUCCUCUUCCACAGUCAGCCAUGUCACACUGCCAUGUUUCUACAGUAGCCCAGAAUGGACAAACUGGCUCUCCAGAGGAUCUCUCAAGUUUUUUUUUCAUCUCUUCCUAUACUUAUUAAUACAUAUAGUUUAAAUAUAUAUAUGCUUGUCAGUUACGUAUAUAUAAAUACUUUGAAGGAAAGGGCGAGGAGAGGGUUAGUCAUUUGGUUGCAAUCUGCAACUUUGCCACUGGAUGCCACUAAAUCCUACACAUUGAACCUGUGAGUGUGCAACUAUGUGCAUUCAUUCAUUCAUUUGAGAUUGACAAUAGGCUUCUCUCAGUUUUGCUGCUUAAUCCCCUUGAGAAUAAUCAACAGAUUAUUCAAGAUGAUAUUUAGCUGAAAUAAAACAGACUUGGAUAUUGGUUGUUACCUUGAAGCCAUUUGUUUGUUUGUUUUUUGUG